AUGUCUGAAGAAAGGAGUAAGAUCUCGCUCCGCAGCGGUCCUAAGAGGAAGGGUCGUCCUACUAUCAGCGCGCCUCGUCAAAUCUCAGAUCCUAUUCCAAAUGAUGGCGUUCCAGUUCCUCGUAGCACCGGAGGGAAAGUUGGGACUGACAACCCACCGCCACCCCGACAGCGACAACCUCCCGCAACUGGUGGAAAAACUGGCGACCUUGUUAAGCGACGAUAUUCAACCCGGUUUAAUAAUCUCCCCAGUGAUUUCGACCCAACUGCUCCCCCGGUCCCUUCUAUGCCCGCUUUCGAUAUCUCCAAAUACGAUCAGCAGGCAUCGCGGUUUCAAGCACCCCCGUCGCGUGAUGGUCCGGGUGCAGGUUUAACUAGGGGCGUGCCUCCAACCGUAGACCCGAAGGCACUAAGAGACCCGAGACUCGUCCCCGAUCAAUACGUCGCCAAUAUCCUUAGCGAGGCUACUGAAGAUGAGAUUAGGGACUACGAAACUGCCUUACGCAAGUUAAAGAGUAGGGCAGCGGCGGAUUUACAGCAAAGUGUCUACCAAAACCGGGCGCAGUUCAUAAAGAUUAGCAAAGAGGCGGAAAAAUUGAAGUCGGAAAUGCGCACCUUGCGCAAUUUAUUUAAAGAGUUAGCCACGAAUACGAAUGCGCUCAGGGCUGCAUCUAAUAACCACGGCACGCCUAUGAGCGGAGAGUUCUCGACCGGCUUGAGUAAAAAAGAUAGACGCAGUUCGGUGGCGGAUAGAACAGUCCUUUGGAAUACUCAAAUGCAAGUUCUCUACAAGAAUGUCGAGGGUUCUCAGAAGUUCCUACCUAAUUCGAUGGGGAGGCAUGUUAUCCAGGAUGCCGGGCCCUGGAUCGAGCUCGACAAUGCGACGUACAAAUCAAGGCGAUCCAUGCAAAUAUUUCUCCUCAACGAUCACCUUCUUGUCGCUUCGCGGAAAAAACGUAAGACGGACAACCCGAACGACACGCGUGGCCCAGCGACUAAGUUAGUUGCGGAUCGCUGUUGGCCGCUUCUGGAUGUCGAGAUUACUGAUAUGGCGGUAACCACCGAAUCGUUUAGCGGCAAGAAUAAACUAGUAGAUGCUAUCAUGGUUCGAGGCGUCGGUCAGGAAUCGUUCAUCUACAAGACAGAAAAGCAAGAAGAUCCCGAGAAAUCAGCCUUACUAUUAAACAUUCGAAAAGCGGUUGAGGAAUUGCGAAAGAACCUACAGUCCGAGAUGGAAGCGAAUAACAAGGCCAAAGAGACUAUUAAUUACUUCGCUUCCCGAGAUCCGGGUUUAUUACAGAAAACGGAGCUACUCGAGACGCUUUCUGACAUUAAGGACAUGCUAAUCGAGGUGGAUGGGAAGCAGCAAAAUCUCCGCUGGGUUGAGGGUCAGAUGGACGAGCUUGACAUCGACAUCGCACUUCAGAAGUUUGAUCUAGCAGUCGAUCGCGUUGAGAAGAUGCAGAAGCUUGCUCGCGGGUUGAAGAAUAAUAUUAUUGCGCAAGACUUUAUCGACUUCAAAAUCGAGGAGAGAUGCACCAAGCUAGCUGGUCUGAUCAUACGAGAAGUUGUCGACUCACAUAGUCAGCCGCUUAAAACGAAACGUAACGUCGAAUGGCUUAAUAGGCUAGGAUUCGAGGAUCGCGCCCGAGAUGCGUAUCUCAAGGCUCGUGGUGACUUAAUUCAGAAGCGUUCAAGACAAUGCAUCUUCCAAGGCGACCUCCACCUCUACAUCUGGCAAAUUUCAUUCGUCUAUUUCAGCAUAAUUAAAAAUACUGUAAGCUGCUUCCAAAGCUGCUUCCCCCAGACGAUGAUGAGCGCUUGUGUGAAAUGGGCCAAGGAAGUAGUGGAUGCUUUCAACGUAAUUCUAGCCAGGCAGCUGAGCAGCACGGAAAGAGACGGUGUCGUAUGGAAACAGUGUAUGGAGAGAGCCAAAAUCCACGCCGAGAUGCUCUCGGAAGUGCAGUUGGACUUCGGAGAUCUAGUGGGCAGAGAACCUCAGGGAGCGAACGCUAACAACGUCGGGCGAGUACCUGCUGAAUUGGCACCGAUGCCCCCCUCAGAGCCCACGACGAUCCCUACUUUAGACGGUUGGAUCGAGGGCCUGAUGAACUGCAAGCAGCUUGCAGAAGCUGAUGUUCAGAGGCUUUGCGAGAAGGCGAGGGAGGUCCUGCAGGACGAGUCCAAUGUUCAGCCGGUGAAAUGCCCGGUGACGGUCUGUGGUGAUAUCCACGGUCAAUUUCAUGAUUUGAUGGAACUAUUCAAGAUUGGAGGUCCCAACCCCGAUACAAACUACCUGUUUAUGGGUGACUACGUCGAUCGAGGAUACUACUCCGUCGAGACGGUAACUCUACUAGUUGCCCUUAAGAUCCGAUACCCCCAACGCAUCACCAUCCUGCGCGGCAACCACGAGUCCCGUCAGAUCACCCAAGUGUAUGGUUUCUACGACGAGUGCCUUCGGAAAUACGGUAAUGCCAACGUUUGGAAAUUCUUUACCGAUCUUUUCGACUAUCUCCCCCUGACUGCCCUCAUCGACAACCAAAUCUUCUGUCUCCACGGUGGUCUCUCGCCUAGCAUCGAUACCCUUGAUAAUAUUAGAGCGCUUGACCGAAUCCAAGAAGUUCCGCACGAGGGUCCUAUGUGCGACCUGCUCUGGUCUGACCCGGAUGACCGAUGCGGCUGGGGUAUUAGCCCUCGCGGUGCCGGCUACACCUUCGGGCAGGAUAUUUCGGAGGCAUUCAAUCAUAACAACGGUCUAACCCUGAUUGCCCGAGCCCACCAACUGGUUAUGGAAGGAUAUAAUUGGUCGCAAGAUAGAAAUGUGGUAACCAUCUUCUCUGCACCUAACUACUGCUACCGAUGCGGCAACCAAGCAGCUAUCAUGGAAAUCGACGAACAUCUGAAGUAUACCUUCUUACAGUUCGACCCGUGCCCGCGGGCUGGCGAGCCGAUGGUUUCCCGACGCACACCAGACUACUUCCUCUAA